AUGACGCAGCGCCCACUUUUCGUCGUCCUCCUCCUCGCUCUUCUCGCUGCGUCAGCUGCGGGAGACGGACUGAACAAGGCCGAGGUGAUCAGCGAGGUCAAGAAACUCAAGGUCGCCCUGUCUAAUAUCGGGUACCUGGGGAGAUACGCCGCUAUCGCCGCCGCACUUGAGAAAGCCAUUCCCUCAUUGGAGACCAUGGAUGAGACCGAUCCAAGGUGGGGCCUUCUCUUCCAAACGACCAUUCUCGUCCCGUCCAACUUGGCACUCGGCAUGGGGGGCCUUGGCUCGCUCACCGGCGGGGGGUCGAAGAAGCUCGAGAAAAUCGGCAAGAUGAAUGUCCUCAACGGGAUCUUCACUUAUGGUGGUCUCAUCCGCAACAAGCGAUUUCCUACCAAGCUGGGGUGUGAGUUGAGGAAGUACAAGGUGCCCAUGUUUAUGAAGAAGGGAUCAGAGAUUGCGCUCGGGCAGUCCAAGAAUGUUUUGUCGUGGUCGCAGAUUCUGAACCCCGGGAUCUAUGUAGGAAAGUACUUCGUUGUGCACGGUGUUGACGCUCUGCAGAAACCUUGA